AUGCCCCCUUGUGAGCGGCGCAAUACUGGAACCAGGAAAGGUCGUGGCAGCGGUUGGUGCAGCAACCUAGACUGCAGGGAAGCAGAGAGGAAGGAGAAGCAAGAGGAGAAGGAGGCGGUCAAGCGCUUGCGGCAAGAGGAGCGGAAGAAAAGGGGCGCUGGUGGUGAGCGCGGGCCUUGUCCAGAUUCUGCGGAGGUGAAGGCAGAGAAGCUGGAGGCAGAGGUUGGCCCGCCCUACCAUGAUGAAGACAGCUUCACUGACGAGCAAGUGGUCAAGAAGUAUUGCCGCUACCUGCGCCACUGGGCGGUCUAUGGCUUGUCAAAGGUAUGUGACCUCUGCCGUACCCUCACACCAGGAAAGCAUUGCAAGGUGAUACGAAAGCAGGCGGAAGGAGAACCGCGACAAGUUGCGUGCAGAAACUGCCGGGAAAAGAAGCCCACCUAUGUCCUACCGCCGCUUCCCACCAUCCCUCCAGCUCUGGCAGUCCUGAACCCCUUGGAGCGCCGUUUGAUAGCCAUGGCCAAGGUGGACCAGGUGCUCAUUGAUAAGCUGCCUGCCGGAGGCCCCAGCGCACAAUGGGGCAGGAUGUAUGUCAUACCAACAGAGGAGCCUGAGCUGUGCGAUUUGCUGGAAGAGGCCGAGUUGGGGGAAGAUGGCAAGGUCUAUGUGAAGGGCGUCCAAGGCUUGAUGGCUUCUACCGCCCGCUUGGAAUACCUACAGGCAGGCCUGCGGGCAUUGAAGCUGCAGCAUGAAGCCUGCAAAGCUUCCGAGGCCGUGGACAAGACCUUGGUCAACAUGGGCCGGAUCUUGGCGCAAAUCCCGCCAGCGCUUGCCCCACUAGAACCUCAACAAAGCAAGGGCCCCAUGGACGACAAGGGGGAAGAGGAAGACGAAGACCUCGAAGUCACCUACCUCACGGCAAGGGACCCUACCAUCCCCAAGGCGGACCUGAAGACCUUGCAAGAGCUCCGGCGCAAGGCCAGGCACACGAUCGACAAUGUGGAUGCCCACCUCUUCCCGCACUUGUUCCCCGAGGGCGAGGGCGGCUACCCCCAGCAAGCCAACAAGAAGUUCACGGAGUAUGCUCGCCAGAGGCUGCUUGGACAAGACGGGCGCUUCGAGAAGGACCCCUCCUACUCCAUGUGGCUGCUAGAAGAGCACAUGAAGAAACGCCUCUCCGGGAACGUCAAUGUCCGAAUGAAAGGCCAAGAGCUACCACAGAUGGGCAGUCGGUAUGAAGCCUUCAACCGCAAAGUUUUCUCGGCCUUGAGGGACCUGCCGGGCACAUUGCCUUACCUCUACUCCAAGAAAGGGGUGGCCAUGAGCAUGUAUGAUCAGCUCGGAAAGCCUCAGUUCUUCUUGACUUUGACGUGCCAUUGCAGGCAGCCCAACAUCUUGGCGGCCGUGGUGAUCGCCAAGCUCCUCCGGGAUCACGCCUUUGCAGCUGGUGGGGAAGAAGUGGAAGAGCAGGCGGCCAAAAUCGUGCACCAGUACAUGAUCAACGAAAACCACACAUGGGAUGGCAUGACCGCAAACCAGCUGUGCAAUUCCAUGCCGGCCAUCGUUGCACGGCAGUUCAUGCAUGGCCUCAGGCAGAUGCUCCAUUGGCUCCAGGGUGGCGAUGGCCGUGGGAAGUUCGAGGCCGGGAAUGUGGAUGAACAAGACCGCCCAGAUGUUGACAGCCAUGGCUCAGAUGAAGAAGCCCCUGCUAUGGAUGAAGCCGGACAACACCAUGGCAUGAGCCGGGGGAAGCCUCCGUUCAAAGUGCUGGACUACAUCGUGCGCAUCGAAUGGCAAAAGCGAGGGUACCCACACGCCCACAUCCUCCUUUGGGCGGACAUUCCUGACGUUGCCGGCAACCGGAGGCCUGAUGAUGCAGAGCCGGUGGAUUGGUCGGAUGACAAGGUGAGGGAGAACUGCAUUCCAACUUGCGCAGAGGACCUCAGUGACAAAUACAUCCGCACCAAGUCGGCCUACCGCUGGAAGAAUGAUGACUCCAAGGUUCCAGAGAAGAGGCGUAAAGUCAACGCAAAGCUGGCUACUUUCAUGGAGCGCAAGUGCGGACCUUACUGCGGAAAGUACACCCUGGGUAGCUGCCGCUUUGGGUUUCCAAGGGCUGCAGAAGAGCAGAGCAGGUGGCGCACGCCGCAGGAGCAAUUCAAUAGCCGAUGGAAAUCCAGCCUGGCAGCCCGGCGGCACCAAGAUGAUGGCAUGGUGGGGCAGUACAAUGAGGCCAUCCUUCGCUUUUGGCGCGCCAGCAUGGACUUGCAAGUUAUCAGUGAGCUGACGUGUGCCAGCAAGUACAUCCUUGGCUAUGCUUUCAAGUCAGAAGAAGACCUUGCGGCAAAGAAGCGCAUCGAUACCAUCAUGGAGGGUUUCCUCCAGGAUUUGGGCCGGGUGGACUUGACCACGAACGAGGUGUACAGAGCAGCCCAUGCAGCAACACAAGGGCGCACCACCUCCACCUUUGAGGCGGCUCACUACAUCCUGGGCUUUCCCACAGUCUUCUUCUCCAGGGACAAUGAGUGGAUUCAAGUUGGCUCUCCUGCGACCUGGACAUUGACAAUUCCACAGAUGGAGGAGGCAGACGCCUUGCAAGAUCCAGAGCAAUAUGCAGCCAUGAGGCGACUAGCUGGCACAGACUUAAGGCACCAGGGAGGCACCGGAAAGGACCAAUUGGACAGCCGGGGAGGCACCAGGGAGGCAAGAGGGGGCACCAGGGAGGCACCAGGGAGGCAGGAAAGGACCAAUUGGACGGCACCAGGAGGCACCAGGGAGGCAGGGACCCAUUGGACAGCAUGGGAGGCAGUAUAG